AUGGCCGACGAGAUAGCUGAAGCUGCUUCCUCGCUGUUUGACGAAAUGCUGAGGGAUCUGGUCCAGUCGAUCACUAUUUCAGCUCAUCGUGAGAUCAAGCGAGGUCGAGUAGUCUGCGGCGUCUGUGGAACAAAAUGUCGAUCACAUAACCCCUUAUCCUCAACCCACCUCACAGCCCCCUCGUCCCAAACCACCGCCCCAGCCUCUCGCGCACCCUCACCUCUCCCCUCUUCCUCCUCAAAUACCUCAGGAACGCUAGAGGGGCGUUCAGGAGGCUAUACGACCGGGCCGGAGAAGGGUACAGGCGGGUCAACGGGGAUCGGGAGUGGGAGUGGGAGGAUGGACGCUUCGGGGAAUGUCUUCUUUGCUUGUCUGGUGUGUGAUCGCCAGGUCGUUUCGAGCCGGUAUGCCCCACAUCUCUCCGGCUGUCUAGGGUUCAAUGGGUCCACACGACGUACCGCAUCCCGAUCGGCCGCUACUGCCGCUGCUGCAGCUGCUAAAGCUCGUCUAGGGCCUGGCUCAGAGAGAGGCGUCAGCCCAUAUGUUCCGAGCGAGGGUGGAGAUUCGGACGAUGGGAGUCCAGGCGGUAGUCUGGGCAAGAAGGGGAAGAUGUUGAGCGGGAAUGGAGGUACAAAGAGGGGACCGUCGCCCAAGAAGCCGGGACCGAUGAAGAAGGCCCGUAUGGGGUCAAGCGGCGGAACCCCCUCACCUCUCCCUCGUACCACCCUGCCACCCUCAAAGCUCGGCCGACCGCCGACCACCAACUCCGCAGCGGACCCAUCAGUAUCGUACGGCUCACCCUCACCUGGCAGGAGCGUGGCUAGCCUGGCUGACUCUGGCGGGAGGGGGUAUACAACUUUGUCCAAGACUGCAGGGAGGAAGACGCUUCCGGGGAUGUCGGUCUCGGGGGAUCUGCACGUGGCUUAUGUGCCAGAUGACGAUAGUGAUGGGGAGGUCGACGACUACUAG